AAUGUGUUCAACGUCUAUCUUGAUUGUUUUUCUCAUCACAGUUAAUUCGGUGUCGUUAGCAGAUAUCAUUUCAAAUGUCAGCUCAUCAGCUAGUGAUACAGAUUGUUCCGCAAACAACAAGUUCAAAUGUAAAAAAACUGGAAGAUGUAUAGCAAUUAAUUGGAGAUGUGAUGGUGACGACAGUGACUGUGGUUAUGGUGAUCAGUCUGACGAACAAAAUUGCACUGGGAAGACCUGUCCUUCUGGUGAAUUCAAGUGCAAAUCUGGCCAGUGUAUUCUUAUAAAAUGGAAAUGUGACGGAGAAAAAGACUGUUAUGACGGCACGGAUGAACUAGAGUGCAAUGGUAAUUUCCGAAUCAUGGACAGACUGCGAUUAUAGAAUAGAAAUUCAAGAAAUAUACUAAUGGCAUUGUUAAAUAUUGAACUUUGAUAAUGAUUCUUUAUCAGGUGGCAAUGUAAAUUCCUCAUGUAGUAUUUUUGUUUCAAAUAGUUACAUGUCGCACUUACCUUAAUAUGUGUAAAUUAAAAGGACAAACUUUAACAA